AUGUCUGUUGAGGAACAAGUAUGUAUAACACUGCGAUACCUUGCAUCCUGUGCAUUUAUGCAAGUCGUAGACGAUACUUUUGGACGGGACAAGGCAACUGUGUGCCGUGUCAUACAUUGCGGGGCUGACCUCAUCGCGAGCAAGUCAGAAAUGUUAAUUCGAUUGCCUGACCAAGCUGAACAGGAUCGGACGAAAGCGGCGUUCAGGGAUGUGGCUGGAUUUCCAUGUGUCAUCGGACUCAUUGAUGGAACCCAUGUAAGAGUGAUAAAACCCAGUAAAGAGCAGGAGAGGGGAUUUAUCAACCGGAAGUUUAUGUCCAUCAAUGCCAUCUUGCCAGGGUCUGCUCAUGACAGGUUUGUAUUAAAGUCAUCUGCCUUGGGGGUACACCUGGAGACACAGCAUCGCGGCCUUGAAGAUUGUAUCCUUCUCGGAGAUAGACAGCGGACACAGAUAGAAAAGCUGUCUAUAACAGAGCACACUGCCGAACCCGUGUCAUUGUGGAAUCAACAUUCGGGAGAUGGAAAAGGCGCUUCGGCAUACUACUUGGUACAACUAGUCCCUGAAAAGGCAUCAAAGAUUAUAAUGGCAUGCGCUAUUCUGCACAUCAUCGCGUUUAUUCUUUGGGAACCUGAGGUAGAAGGAGAUGGAGUUGGGCUGGAUGGAAAUGUUGGACAACAGUUUAUUGGACGGACGAGAGACUGGCUUUCUCACCAGAGAAUAUAUUGGGCAACAAUACUUUUAAAUGUUGGAAAUAUGAGAGAUUAUUAA